AUGGCGUCUUUGAAAAGGCUCAGGGAUUUCAUGAUUUCAUCAUCUGAAUUCUUCAGUAUGGAAGAACUUGAACGACUAAAAAGCAAUUAUAAUGCUGGUGGAUUGGAAGCAGUCAUACCAGAGAUAAAGAAUAAAUUAGAUGACCUGGUUAAUGCACAACUUACUAUUGCAGUUGCAGGUGGAAAACGUUCGGGCAAGUCUACCUUUAUCGCUGCUAUGGCAGGCUUUGAGAUGCAUGAGGAGGGAAGGGAUAACAGUGAGAAAACUGAUGAAGAGCCUAUCAUAUAUGCUCAUCCUAUUCUGCCUAAUGUUCAUAUCGAAGAACUUCCAGGAAUAGAUUCUGAUACUAGCCCACUGAGUGAGUAUCUGGAAACAGUAGAUGUUGGGAAGUAUGACCUGUUCAUCAUUGUGUCGGAACACCGAUUUAAAGGAGGCGAAGGCACACUUGCCAAAGCAGUUCAACAGGAAGGCAAACAGCUCUACUUUGUUCAAUCUAAGAUUGACAAUGACCUCCACCCACUGGAAAUGGAUGGUAUGACUUUGAACACAGAGCUGCAAAAGAUAAGGAUGGACUGCGUCGCAAACUUGGAAGAGAUGGGGGUCACAGCGCCGGCUGUUUAUCUGAUUUCAAGCAUCCACCACAAUAAUUAUGACUUCCCUGCUCUAAAGGACAUGCUUGCAAACAGUCUGUACAAUGUAAAGAAGGCCGCUUUUUUGCUGUCACUCCCAAAUGUAACUUCAGAAUUAAUAGAAGAGAAAAGAAAAAUGUUGGAGAAAAGAAUCUGGGUGACUGCCGCACUCGCAGGAGCAGUGGGAACGGUCCCCGUUCCUGGCAUGUCCUUUGCCACUGGUAUUGGAUUGCUGGGAGCAGGGCUUGUCUACCUCUGGCAUCACCGAGAUCUACGCGACAAGUGCAUGCAAAGGUUGGCAGACAGCAGUGGUAAACCCUUGGCGCUGCUGAGAUCUGAAAUCCGCUCACCAGGUAAAACAACCCGAGCGCUUAUCAAAAUAGCCUUAGGUGUUACUGCUGUUGUCUGUACAAUAGCUGAGAUCAAGUUUGACAUCACACCACUAAUUGUCUCUGUUUUUGGUGCUGUGUCGUCCUUUUGUUUCACAGCCUUGCUCUUAAAGGAUUCACUGAACCAACAUGUGAAAACUGCUCAAGUAGCUGUCAAAACUGCUUUUGAAACUGAUCAAAAAUUACAGAUGAUUUAG